AUGGUUGCCCAUUGUUAUAAGGGUCGUGGUUGUUACAUUCCCCCAUCCGCGUUCCCCCAUCCGCCUUCCUCCAUCUGCCUUCCCCUAUCCGUCUUCCCCCAUUCACAUUCCCCCAUCCACAUCCCCAUCCGCGUUCCCCCAUCCGCCUUCCCCCAUCCGCGUUCCCCUAUCCGCCUUCCCCCAUUCAUCCACAUCCCCCCAUCCGCGUUCCCCCAUCCGCGUUCCCCCAUCCGCAUUCCCCCAUCCGCCUUCCCCCGUCCGGCUUCCCCUGUCCGCAUUCCCCCACCCGUUUUCCCCCGUCCUCAAAUCCUCUCGCAGUGGUUGCCGGGAACCGGUCCUUAUGCAACGAGCUGCAGCGCAGCACGGUGCAAGUUGGUCCCCUGGGGGCAAGCCAACGCAAAGAUCACCCUUCCCACUCCCCCCCAUAUCCCCAACUCCCCCAUCCCUCUCCUCAAACUCUCCCCUCCCCCUAUUCCCCCUACCUCUCCGCCAUCCCAGUUCAUCGUAGUUCCGUUCUCUCGCAAUGACGGUUGCGCCAGGCGCCGGCCUUCAUGCAACCCUCAUGCAGCCCUCAAGCAACCAGCAACAGGGCAACCCUUAUUCCCCCUCCCGGCUCCCUUCUCUCCCAGUGAUGAUCGUGCCAGGCGCCGGCCCUCAUGCAACGAGCUGCAGUGCAGGAAGGUGCAGGUGGUCCCGUGGAGGCAGGGUGAGAGGCGCACGGCAAUGGAAAAGGGCGAAAGGGACAGCAACGAAAGCAACGGGUGGGUGGAAGGGGAAGCGCAUGAGGAUGCAGAGCUGGCAGGCGCCCUGGCUGCUCUCAGCCUGCCAGUGCAGUUUAGCGGAGGGGUCCGAGCCAUGCAACCAGCGCAAGAUGCUAAGGUGAGUGCGGAAGCACAGGUGAUUUUGGAAUCAGCACUGCUGGAAGGGGAAGGGCUUGUGGAAGCAGAGCUGGCUGCUUUGAGGCGCCUCAAAACUAGUCCUCUUCUCACGCCCACUCAGCAGAGCGGUGAUGGUGUUGGAGGUGGUGGCGGUGGUUCUGGUGGGGCUCGUGGAGGGAAGAAGAAGAGGCGUGGGAGAAGGAGGGGAGACGGACAGGAAACAGCAGAGUGCAUUACAGGUGCAGAGGUAGUGAUGGAGAACGAUGCAGAUGCAGUGGUGGAGAACGGUGCAGAUGCAGUGGUGGAGAACGGUGCAGAUGCAUUGGUGGAGAACGGUGCAGAGGCAGUGGAGGGUGGCAUGGGGUCAACAUCACGUGUUGCUGCAGAGGUAGAAGUAAAAGCUGUCAGUGCAAAUGUGGCAGAAGGUGGCGCUGAGCUGAUUGGGGGAGAGCAGAUGAAAGGGCUGACAGCGGGAGAGCAGGCGGUGGAUGGGCCGGCAGAGGGAGUGUCAUUAUUGGUGGCGGAGGAGGGUGCAUGGCAGGCGGUGGAAGGGCAGGUAGUGGAAGGGCAGGCAGUGGAAGGGCAGGCAGUGGAAGGGCAGGCGGUGGAAGGGCAGGCAGUGGAAGGGCAGGCAGUGGAAGGGCAGGCAGUGGAAGGGCAGGCAGUGGAAGGGCAGGCAGUGGACGGGCAGGCAGUGGAAGGGCAGGCAGUGGAAGGGCAGGCAGUGGAAGGGCAGGCAGUGGAAGGGCAGGUGGAGGAAGGGCAGGUGGAGGAAGGGCAGGUGGAGGAAAGGCAUGCCGAGGGGGUUUCAUUCAUGGUGGCGGAGGAGGGUGCAUGGCAGGCAGUGGAAAGGCAGGCGGGGGAAGGGCACGCAGAGGGAGAGCAGGGAGAGGGAGAGCAAACACUGGAAGGGCGGGCAGAGGGGGUGCCAUUCGUGGUGGCGGAGGAGGGUGCAUGGCAGGCAGUGGAAAGACAGGCGGGGGAAGGGCAGGCAGAGGGAGAGCAGGGAGAGGGAGAGCAAACACUGGAAGGGCGGGCAGAGGGGGUGCCAUUCGUGGUGGCGGAGGAGGGUGCAUGGCAGGCGGUGUGGGAGCCGCUCUCCCACGGCGUGUACUUCUGCAAUGCAGCAGCCGCCAUCACCCACAGGGGAGCAGGUGAGCAAAGCAUAGCAGAGGAGGCUAUAACAGAGGAGGCUGUAGUGGCGGGGUAUGAGAAGUACUGGCAGCAGCGGUAUGGUCUGUUCUCGAGGUUCAAUGAGGGCGUCCUAUUGGAUGCUGACGCGUGGCCCCUUGUCACUCCUGAGGCCAUCGCCGCCCACCAUGCUGCCAUGUGUGCUGCUGCCACGAAUUAUGGUGGUGCCGCGUGUGCAGGGGGUGAUACUGCCACGUCAGCAGGAGGUGGUGGUGCUGGUGCGCUGGCAGGAGAUAGAGGCACCACUAGUGCAGAUGAUGGUGCUGCCACGCAUGCUGCUGCCACGUGUGCUCCUGCCAUGCGUGCUGGCCACACUGCAGCGUUGAACUCUGAGGAAGAUGCACUAGAGCAGAGGGGAGUUCGAGUAACAGCGGGGGAGGAGGAGGAAAAGGAAGGAGGGGAGGGAGAGAGUUGUGAACGUGCAGCAGGCAAAAGCGGUGCUGCAGGGGUUGGGGGUGCAGCAGGGCUGGGGGGUGCAGCAGAGGUGGGGGGUGCAAAAGGCGUGGCGGGUGGGGCAGGUGUGGUGGUGGAUGCAUUCUGUGGGGUGGGCGGCAACACCAUCCACAUGGCCAAGCUGUGA